AGGCCGGAGGCGGGACCUCCAAUCUCUCUUUCCGCCGAUACCGCCAUCUUGCAGUAAGUUGCAAAAAUGACCAACACAAAAGGAAAAAGGCGUGGAACCCGUUAUAUGUUCUCCAGACCCUUCCGCAAACAUGGUGUUGUUCCUCUUUCCACAUACAUGCGCACCUAUAAGAAGGGCGACAUUGUAGACAUCAAGGGUACAGGUACAAUUCAAAAAGGUAUGCCCCACAAGUGCUACCAUGGCAAGACUGGUCGGAUUUAUAAUGUAACUCAGCAUGCAGUUGGUAUCAUUGUGAAUAAGCAAAUCAAAGGCAAGAUUUUGGCCAAGAGAAUCAAUGUCCGUGUUGAGCAUAUUCGCCAUUCAAAGAGCAGAGACAGCUUCCUGCAGCGUGUGAAGGAGAAUGAGAGAAAGAAACUGGAAGCCAAAGAGAAGGGAACUUGGGUUGAGUUGAAACGUCAGCCUGCCCAACCCAGAGCGGCACACUUUGUGCGAACCAAUGGCAAAGAACCUGAGCUCCUUGAACCAAUUCCAUAUGAGUUCAUGGCAUAGUUUAUUGCAAUUAAAGACUUUGUUUUGGAAUCAUA